AUAGCUGUUGUGUACUGUCGUGCAUCGUACCACACGUGUUUGACAAAAAGUUUUACUGAUUGUGAGUCGACGUGCUUCUUAAUAUAAUUUCUAAAUAUUUUCAAAGACAUUCUUGUACUGCUGUUAUUUGAUAUAACUGAAAACGUGGCCUAAAAUAUGGGCCGCAAAGCUAAGUUUGGAGAAGAGAAGCAGAAAAAGGGACCAGGCAGGAAAGCAAAAAAGCAGGGCGAUCCUUCAUUCCCAAAACAUCUAAAAGAAAAUGUUGAAAAGAAACUUAAGAGUUCGCGUCAGAGGAAGAGAGCAAGGAUUGCAACGCAGAAACUCGAGGCGAAGGCUCUCUUGAAAGAAAUGAAGAAAGCUGCAAUAAUCGAAGAAAAGAAAAUCAAAUCUGCAGGGAAAGAGAAUAAAGGAAUCAUCAAGAAACAAGUUCCACGUAAGAAGGCGCCAGUUCCGGUAUUAAAAGAGCCUGAAGAGAGUGAAGGUGAAGGAACCACUGAAUAUAGUGACAGUGAUGAGGAGCUGCAGCAGUCAAAGGCUAAGAAGUUAACCAAAACUGCAAAGAAAUCUCAAGAACCGAAGAAAAACUUGUUCGAUGAAGAUGAAAGUGAGGAAGAUGACAAUAGUGAUGAAUAUGAGGACAAUGACCUGGAUAUUCCUGACGAUGAUUCUGAAUCUGAGGAACUUGGAGACGAAGAGGAUGAAGAAGUUGAAGGAGAUGAAGGUAGUGACGUGGGAGAGGAGGAAGAAGAAGUUGAAGGAGAUGAAGGUAGUGACUUGGAAGAUGAGGAAGAUGAAGACAGCAACGCUGAAGACAGCGGAGAUGAGGAAGAGGAAGGUGACUCUGAUGGUGCUCAGGAUGAUAAUUACGGAGAUUCUGAUGACAGCGACAUGCUUCCUAUUGAAAAAGCCAACAAGAAGCUGAAGAAAAAAAUGGAGAAGGAAAAGGCCGAUGCUGCUGCUGAGGAACUAGAAAUGAACGUCACCACGCAUGAUGUCUUCCAAUUCCCUGAAGGCGAAGAGGCAGAAAAAAUGGAAGGACUGCAAGAUGUGCAGCAGAGAAUGAAGGAUGUCAUCAUGGUGCUCUCUGACUUCAAGCGGCUGAGGGAGCCAAACCGUAGCAGGAAGGAAUACCUGGAACUUCUGCUGAAAGACUUGUGUCUCUACUACAGCUACAAUGAAUUUCUUAUGGAAAAACUUAUGGAUAUCUUCCCAUUGAGUGAAUUGAUGGAGUUCUUGGAGGCCAGUGAAGUGACCAGGCCCGUUACCCUGAGGGCAAACUCUCUGAAAACUAGACGCAGAGAUCUGGCGCAGGCCUUGAUCAGCAGAGGUGUCAAUUUGGACCCGAUCGGCAAGUGGACCAAGGUUGGUCUGGUAGUUUUCAACUCGCAAGUGCCGCUUGGCGCCACUCCUGAGUACCUUGCGGGUCACUACAUUCUCCAGGGAGCAUCCAGUUUGCUGCCAGUGAUGGCACUGGCCCCGCAAGAAAACGAACGAAUCCUAGACAUGUGUUCCGCGCCUGGAGGAAAAGCAUCUCACAUUGCUGCUAUUAUGAAGAAUACUGGAGUUCUCUUUGCUAAUGAUGCCAACAAGGACAGAAUCAAAGCCGUUGUGGGCAACUUCCAUCGCUUGGGAAUUGUAAAUUCAGUCAUCACAAACGUUGAUGGAAGAAAGUAUUCUACGAUGAUGAAAGGUUUCGACCGCAUCUUGUUAGAUGCCCCUUGCACAGGCACAGGUGUGUUGUCCAAGGAUCCCAGCGUCAAAACUAACAAGGACCAAGGAGACAUUGACAAGUGCGUCAACCUGCAGAGGGAACUCAUCCUUUCAGCCAUUGAUUGUCUCAGUUCUGCAGACAAAUCCAAGUCUGGUGGCUACCUCGUCUACUCGACUUGUUCCAUUUUGCCUGAGGAAAAUGAGUGCGUUGUUGAUUUUGCUCUGAAGCAUAGAGAUGUCAGGCUUGUGCCAACUGGACUUGAUUUUGGCGUUGAUGGCUUUGCCAACUUCAGACAACACAGACUGCACCCUAGCCUGAAACUAUCUAAAAGGUUUUAUCCUCAUUCCCAAAACAUGGAUGGCUUCUUUGUGGCUAAGCUUCAAAAAUUAUCCAACAAAAUUCCACAAUCAAGGAAAGAAAGGAGGAUAGAAGAAGCAAUGGAGAACCCUGAAGGCAGUGAUGAGGAAGACUCUGAAGAAAGCCAGGAGGAAGAGAAACCAGUGCAAAAGAAAAGUGGCAACAAGAGAAAGAGGGAAGAGAUAACCAAGGUUAUCAAAGGAGAUAAAAGCCAGAAAAAGCCCAAACUGGACAGUGAUCAACAGUUGCCUAAAGGUCAGAAGAAGCAUGUUCAAAAUGGUGAAGAACAGAAGAGACCUGUCCAAAAUGCUAAAGAACAGAAGAAACCUGUUCAAGGUGGCAGAGAACAGAGGAAACCUGUUCAAAGUGGCAAAGAACAGAAGAAACCUGUCCAAAAUGCUAAAGGACAGAGGAAACCUGUUCAAGGUAGCAAAGAACAGAGGAAACCUGUCCAAAAUGCUAAAGAACAGAAGAAAUCUGUAGAACACAAGAAAUCUGUUCAAAAUGGACAGCCAGAUGGCUUAUUUAUCUUGCCCAAAGGGAAGACAAAUUUGAAAGGGCAGAAGUCAAAUAGCAUUGCUACAAAGUUAAACUGCUAACAAUUGGCAUUCACUGGACUAAUGUACAUUCAUCACGCAUUUGUUCAUUGUAACGUGCAUUUUCUUUAAUAAAAGCCAAUUUAACUAUUUAA